AUGACCCAAUUAUUGAAUGAAAGAAGCAGUUAUGCAGCUUCUUCUUCUCUCUUCGAUUCCUCUGGUUUCUUUGACUUCUCUCUCGUUUCAGUAGAUUACUUCUCUGUUGACAUAUCAUACGUUUAUACCACAUUUCAGAUCCCACCAAGGCAAAGAAAAAUCCCAAUUAAGAUGUGCUUGCAUCUUUUGCUGCUCUUCCUCCUCGUCACUACCACUGCAACAUUUUCCGCAGCACAAGUCAACGAUGCAACCACAUUUCAGUCAAUUACAGAUGGUGAGACCUUUGAGCUUGGUUUUUUCAGUCCCGGUGCUUCAAAUAAACGCUACGUGGGGAUAUGGUACAAGAAGAUACCGGAUAUGACCGUUGUUUGGGUAGCAAACCGGGACUUUCCUCUCUCUGCUUCAUCCGGUGUUCUGAAGGUCACCAACCCUGGGAUUCUUGUCCUUGUCGACCAGAACAACACAGUUUGGUCCUCCAACACAUCAAUACCUACACAGAAUCCAGUGGCACGGCUUUUGGAUUCGGGAAAUCUUGUUGUGAUAGAUGGUAAUGAUCACAACGUUGUCCCGGAGAAUUUUCUGUGGCAGAGUUUUGAUUACCCGGGUGAUACGCUCCUUCCUGGGUUCGGUUAUGAAACUUCGUACUGGACCAUGGAAUGGAAUCCGAUUCAGUGGGAUGCUGAUUUGAAUCCAAACAGUACGAACAUAUAUGACACUUACGUGUUUGAUCGGGAUGAAAUCUAUUAUGGUUAUAAGCUUCACAACAGUUCAAUUCUUCCAAGGCUGGUGUUGACACAAGAUGGGAGUGUGAAGAGCUACAACUGGAUUAAUAGAUCCCAAGUUUAG